AUGAUUUCCAUAUCGGGCCUUCUUAUUUUCCUUCUUCUCAGGCAGACUGGACAGCGACGUUGCGGUUUCUUUGGUCAUCUUCGUCUCAUUUCCAAUCACAUCGUCGACCUACUUAACGUCGUCGAUAUUGAAACUGCAAAAUAUGGCCGUCUAACCCUGUCAGAUACACCCGUAGAAGAAGCUUCCGUCUUAAGCAAGCCUACAGACUCGGCAUUGUCUGCCUCAAUGGUGCCUAAUAUCUUUGACAAUCCAUGUCCUCCGGAAAUAGAUACAAAUGGAUCAAAUAUCUCCGCUGCAAUAUCAUCUAGUGAAAAUAAUGUCUGCUCUGUUCCUGACGCUAACGACGACUGUGAGCCCUCUUCUUCCGCCUCUCCGUGUGAGGAUCAUAGUAUAAAAGACACAGAACCCAACCAAAUUUUUCCACCACGUCCAAUUUUGAAGCGCCCAUCUUCCAUAGACCUCUGCCUGCGAUCAGGUGAGACCCAAUCUCCCCAGUGA